AUGAUCAGCUACUCAGAAGCCGUCGAAUACCUUUACAAUUCCAACAAAUUCUUCAUCUCUACAGAUGUAGAGGACUACCCUACAAUGGGCUACUUGCCAUUUUUCAUCCAACCCCAACGGAUGAAUCAAAUCACCAAUCUCCGCAUCGACUGGGACCUCGAUCGCCAUGGUUUCUUUCAAGCCGACCUCAUGCCUCAAGUACAUCGAGAUGAGUGGGACAGGACGUGGGAUGUGCUGGGUAGGAUGAGUGGUCUCCGGACACUGCACAUACGGCUCUUCUUCUUUCUAGACCUCUGGCUCCAAUGCUACGGAGACUUUUGGGAACAGAACGGAAAAGCACUUCUUAAACCUAUCACGACCAUGACUGCACCAAGAGACUUUACUGUGACGCUUCCAGAUUGGAGGUGUUCUACGGAUCUUGAUGUUGGGAAGUCGAGAUGCGUCUUCCAGCUGCCAGAACGGAGUGAGGAUAGCGUACCGUAA